GCCUACAAAAAGGCACCCCCGUACCGCACGGCUUCCACAGUUCCACCCCUCCGGCACAGCGCGCAAGGGCAGUACACCACCAGCGAUCGCAUCGCAUCGCCCCCGCACUCGCACGCCCCUCCGCAGCAUCCGCAGAUCAGAUCCCCGCGGCGGCCAUGGCCGGGAAGUUCGAGCUCCAGGGCCGGCACGGCAAGUCCCGCGUCCGCGUCUCCCGCGUCUGGCGCCGCCCCGCCGCGGCGGGGGGCCACGUCAUCGUCGAGUGGAGCGUCGCCGUCAGCGUCGUCUCCGACUGCCUCCCCUCCUACACCUCCAGCGACAACUCCGCCAUCGUCGCCACCGAUUCCAUCAAGAACACCGUGUAUGUCAAGGCGAAGGAGUGCACGGAAGUGGUGUCCAUGGAGGAAUUCGCCGUGAUUCUCGGAAGGCAUUUCACCUCCUUGUACCCUCAGGUCUCAGAGGCUACGGUGACCAUCGUGGAGCGCCCAUGGGAGCGUGUGGUUGUCGACGGAAAGCCUCAUUCGCACGGGUUCAAAGUUGGUGUUGAGAAGCACAGCACAGAAGUCAUUGUGAAAAAAUCUGGAAGCCUGCUUAUAAAUUCUGGAAUCCAAGGGUACUCGCUGCUAAAGACAACUCAGUCUGGUUUUGAAGGAUUUGUGACGGAUCGCUAUAGACUUCUGCCUGAUACAAGAGAAAGGAUAGUAGCAACAGAAGUAACUGCUUGGUGGAGGUAUCCUUUUGAACAUGUUUCGCAGCUCCCGUCAAAGCCAUUCUGCUUUACUCAAAGAUACCAGGAUGUAAAGAAAGUUCUUUCAGAGACGUUCUUUGGCCCCCCUGAUGUUGGUGUGUAUAGUCCAUCUGUACAAAAUACGCUGUACCUCAUGGCCAAAGAAGUUCUUAUGAGGUUCCCAGACAUAUCAUCAAUUCAGCUUAGAAUGCCAAAUCUUCACUUUCUGCCUGUCAACUUGGGCAGCAAAGAAAAUCCAUUGGUGAAGUUUGCUGAUGAUGUGUACUUGCCGACGGAUGAACCACAUGGAACUAUUGAAGCAACUUUGAGCCGUCCCAUGUCGAAGCUGUAAUCUGGUGAUCAUGCUACUCCUGUUUCGUUCCCCCAGCAUUCCCUGGCGAAAAUGUACAAUAAGCUGUACAAAGGGGAAAAAAACUGCCAUAACCCCUAUGCAAAGGGGUAAAUAAGUGAAUAAUCUUGUGUUGCAUGUUUUCAGCUGUAGACGUCCACCUCGUGAAGUCCCACCGUUUGUAAAUUUGUACAUUGCUUCCUUAUAUGAAACCUGUUAAACAUCUUCAAAAGCUUGGUCA